GCUGUUCCUGAUCCUUCUCCCGGUAAUCCUGAAAUUGGCACCAUCCACACUCCAUAGCAGCCCGCAUUCACACUUCACACUCACUCACAGUCUGCUAACAAUGUCAUCAUAAAAGAUGGACCACGCAUCGCGCUGAACCAGAUUUUCUGCUCAUCUACGCAGUGAUAAACAGAGGAUCCGCCUGGACGCUGAGGAGCUCACAAUGAUGUCCUCUUACUACCACCCUGCCAAGGAAGCAGACAUGGCGGCCAUGACAGAGCCGCUCUGCCUAGAAAGAGAUGUGUGCAGGGUGAUCGAGCUGCUGGACCGGCUGCAGCGUAGCGGUGAGCUGCCUCCUCCCAAACUGCAGGCCCUGCAGAGAGUCCUACAGAGCAAAUUCUGUGCUGCCAUCAGAGAGGUAUAUGAACAGCUGUAUGACACUCUGGACAUUGUUGGAGGACCUGAGGUGCGAGCACAGGCAACAGCAAAGGCCACAGUGGCAGCCUUUGCAGCCAGCGAGGGCCACGCCCACCCACGGGUGGUGGAGUUGCCCAAGACAGAAGAGGGUUUAGGCUUCAACAUCAUGGGAGGCAAAGAGCAGAACUCCCCCAUCUACAUCUCCAGAGUGAUUCCUGGAGGGGUGGCCGACCGCCAGGGAGGGCUGAAGAGAGGAGACCAGCUGUUGUCUGUUAAUGGAGUGAGUGUUGAGGGGGAGCACCAUGAGAAGGCUGUGGAGCUGUUGAAGGCCGCGCAGGGUUCAGUCAAGCUGGUGGUCCGCUACACCCCGAAGGUCCUCGAGGAAAUGGAGGCUCGCUUUGAGAAGAUGAGGAGUGCCCGGAGACGACAGCAGCACACCAGCUACUCAUCUCUGGAGUCCAGGGGCUAGCCAAUCCAAUGCCUCCAUCCACCUCAUUGUCCAACCCUCCUGACUUUUCUGUUCCAGUGGGAGGCAUGACCGUAGACGAGAAGCAAAAAACCAAAGUAGCCUACCAACACCUGUUACCUGAACUUCUUACUGAAGUCAAACGCUGCAGUUUAGGAUUUUCUUCCCUCCCUCUCUCCGUUUCUUAGAUAAAAUCAGAAUAAGCUUGUUGUCAGACCAUGCCUGUAAUUUCACCUUCCCUGUGUGAAAUCAUCCUCAGCAUCCUAUCGAAUAAGAGCAACAGAUUCUCUUUAGUCUGUGGCUCAACUGGAACCUAGUGUUUAUAUUCUCAAGUUGUUUUACUUUAACAUUCUCAUGUGGUGCACUGCAUUCCUCAGCAGUGUCCACUGUCUGCAGUCAGACCUGAGUAGCAGAGGAAACUUGUGGAAACUGAAACCUACAGCCUUCACAUCCAUUUCUCCAUCAGACGUCCCAUCUAGGGGGCUAACCAUUAGCAUUAUGAAGAAGUACACUGAAAUCAGUGGCUGGCAAGUGUUACAUUAGUCCGAGUUUUGAGACUUUUUAAAAUUAAUCAAUUUGUUUAUUCAUUGACUUGUAUAAGUUAUUCAUUAAAUAAAGUCUGUGUAAGUUGAA